CAGAUAUACUUUAUUGUCUAUGACCAUGCAUGUCUGUGUCUCUGUGUCAGUGAGAACUCAUCGAAACUACGCGUGCUUUACACUAAAAGAUAUGAAAAGAAGAGAGCAUAACGAAGACAAGAACAAGGCCUUCCAGACCAAGGAUGAGUCAUUGGCAUCUCAACGAUUAUCAAAAAAGCGAAGAUUGUCUGCUCCAGAUGAAAUAAAAAAUAAAGAGGAUUACCGAACAUCUAAAAGACAAUGGAUUGAAAAGAGUCCUGAAAACAGCCCAUCUGCUUCCUCCGACUCUGACGAUUCCAGCUCAAGCUCAAACUCUAGUAGUAACUGGAGUUCAUGGUCUUCAGAAGAUAGCAUCCCAACUGAGAUGCCAGGAGAGAAUCUGGCGAAUGUUACUUCUGAUGCGGAAGAUCUUCGGAAAACUAAGGAAGAAGAGACUGUUGUUCUUAAGAAUUUGGAUAACUUCUGGUUUAGUCUGCCCGCGGGAGAUGCACGCAAGCAAUUGCAAACGACAAGAACACAAGUUAGUCAGAACGCCUGUUCAUUGGAAACAUUAAGGAAACGAUGUGGUAAUGUGGAAAAGCUAAUGGAGUUACCGUGUGUUUUAUCUGUUGGCUACUGCAAGGAAGAUUCGAAAUUCAGGGUUUUUGUUACCGAUCCCAGUAAAGCACUGGAAUUGUCGAAAGACCUGGCAAGCCCAAACAUUGAACUAGUCGAGGCAAGAAGUUCGUACUUAAUGUAAGGUUUGUUAUUCAGGUUUUAUGCAUGUGUGUAGGUAGUGAAUUGUAUCUACAUGACCGUCCUUGUAUUUAUUGAGUUAUUAGGGCUUUGUUGGGAAAUGGGAAAUGUUGUAACUGAAUGACUAGAAUAUAGCCGUGCAGAUGUCACCAAACAUGUUUGUAUUUUUUUGAACAGCCCGGCAGCGCAUAGUAGCAGAGUUGUAAAAAAGCUGCGGGUACGCGGGUGGCACCCGGAGGAAGGUUUGCUUUGAAUGAGGUCUGUGAGGAAGGUUCAAAUUUGAACACUCUAAUUGAACAUAUGCUUGUACCAAAAAAACAAAUAUUUCUUUAUGCUUGUUGCCACUUGACUCGGUGACGUUACGUCAUUUUGAGGAAGGUUUGGCAAAACUUGAAAUCCUACCGGAGGAAGGUUGAACUUUUUUUGCAACUCUGCAUAGUAGGGGUGUUGGGAGGUGGAAUAACCCCACUCAUUUGCAAGUGGGCGAAAGUAUGUUUAGUCAACAAAACUUGGAACCAGAACGGACCUUUUUUUGUUUUUCUUUUCACUGAGAGAAACCUGACAACUUUGAACAUUAGUUGAAAUUAAGCCUCGGCCUAUACCUUGAUCCGCCAUUGAGCUUGAGAGAUCCGAAGGAAAUGCCUUAUCAGAGAUUUUUUGAAAUAAAGGUCCCCUUUGUAUAUAUUAUUGGCCCCCAGGCUUCCUACCGACAAACCGAGUAACAGUGUAGAAAAUAGUACACAGGGCUUGCACUAAGCCAUAUUAUAAAUAGGUGCAAAAUUAUCACAUUUGCACGGCUACAUUCUAUUUCCAUUUUUAUUUGUAUGGGAGUGUACAAAAGUGUACUUCGUAAAAAUACAUAUAGAAUCUAUAUUAUCAGGAAGGCAACAGUAUUAUAUGAAAUGGCUUGUAUUGAAAAGCGAAGCAUGUGUAUUUCUAAAAUUGUAUAUCGCUAGUCGCUAGUCUAGGUCCAAUCAAUCCGAAGCCCGCGAUUUUACUAGGGCCUAAUCAGAAGGCUGGGUUGGACCUUGAACGAGUUGACUGCCUGCGUGCGGGUUAGUGCUGUUUUCGGCGAAGUAAUUCUAAAGCAAUAUUUCAGGGAAAAUGUAGCUGCGAGGUGUAUUUAGACGGCAACCAAGAAAACUAUUAUUUAGAAUGUAUUAAAAGAAUAUUUGAGAUUGGAUCAAAAUUGUUUCCUUCGAGCCGGAUUUGAACCAGCGACCUAGGGAUCACUUUGGAGUUCCUCUACAGUCCCCCGCUCUGCCAACUGAGCUAUCGAAGGGUUCGAAAACUGCCGUGAAAAUUAUCAUAUUUAUAAGUUCUAUCAGUUUCUGUUAGUAUAACUAAAUUUGCUUCCAGACUUUUACAAUUAUACAGCUCAGUAGCAACAACAGAUCAAUUUUUAAAAUUUAAAUUACUUUUACAAUCACUUCUUUUACGCUGCACGAUAAAGUAAAGUAUGAAAAAUAAACUGGCUGUCCUAGUGUUUCUAAAUAUAAUCUUGUUUUCAACCUACAAAGCACAUGCAAUGUCCAUGACGCAAACUGAUCUUUUUCGAGAACAAAUGCAGAUGAUUUUCGAGUAUCGGUUUCCUGUUGAUAAGAGUUGUUGAGUCAAGAGGGUAAUGGCCGCGGUAUUUUGAUGUUUGUAAAUAUAUUUUUCCAAAUAUUUUUAAAAUCAGACGUAUAUAUCUUCUAGUCGGUAUUCUUUGAUAAACCGCCCUGGUGCGGAAUGUUUUAUUUUUGUUGUCGCUGCCUUGCACUGAAAUCAACGCGGCGCAGGUUGUGGCGGGGUCAAAAUCUCAACACAGAAUUCCACUCGGAAUAUAUUCGGAUAUAUAAUUGUUCUUGAAUACUUAACUCUCAAGGAGUGUGGUUGUCGAAGUGGAUAUUUUGUCAUACACACAGCUGUGCAUAUUUUCAUCGACCCUUAUUUCGGAGUCUCAUUUAACUCGCCCAUUAGGAGUUAAUUACCUUGAUACUCCUUUCAUCUCAGUGAAUAGUUUGCGGUCGAAAAUGCAGAUGAUGAUGUAGAUGAUUAUGAUGAUGCAGGUUUUUCCAGAAUGCGUGACUGGAAAAUAUGACGGGAAAACACGAAACGACGUGAAAUUUAAACACAACAAAGGAAAUAACCUCGUUUUUUAUCCUAUCAAAAUGCACUGAUAAAAUUAAAAAGAUUCAUUCACUUUUAUUGACAAAUUCCUUCCGCUUGCAUUCUGGUAAAGCGUAUAUACAUUUAUCGCCUUCUCCUUAUUCUAUCGUCGAAAAAAAACUAAUGUCGAGUAUACUGUCACUGAAAAAGAAUUCGUACAUAGACGGUAGACCGUGGUGAUUUGUGCGUGAUUAUAACUUAAGAACAAUGCGCGUCAUUCGGUCACAUCUUAGCCAAAGUAUUAAAAAUUGUUUUGACUUCUUCUAGCAAUUUGUUUUUUUAAGCAAAUUUUAGGAAAAUACAAACACAUUUGAGGAGGCUUCCGAGUAACCCGGCAGUCAAAAUAUCGAAAAAUAUUUUGAAAUGUUUUGAAUAUUUCCCCACAUUUUGGCCGCAGAAAUGACAGUGCAUGGAUCAGCGAUCUCAUAAUGUCAAGGAAAGGACGCUGUCUUUGGUCCCUGAUUGUCCUUGCAAUUCUCUGUUUCCUGGCAGUACUGACUAAUGCUCAAAGGAAAGAGCGAGGCACCAAGUGUACAAUAGACAUCCUUGUACUUCUUGACACUUCAUUUUCAAUUGGUCCGGAUAACUUUAGGAAAAAAGUUAAACCGUUUCUGAAAAAAUUCGGGAGUAUACCAGAGUUAAACGUUUCACCAGAUGGGACUCACAUUGCGAUCUAUGCAUUCAGUUCAAAGAAGAUGACCAAGCUACUUCUCCCUUUUGAGAAAGGCUACGGUCCGCAAUACAAUAAAACCGUUGAUAGGAUUAACUGGGAAAGAGUCAGAGGUCCUCAUACAAGAACUGAUUAUGGAUUUCAACAAGUCGGACGUAAGAUUUUUUCGCAACGAAGUCCAUUGAACUACCGACCACAAUAUGAUGACGUAAUCCUGUUGCUGACGGAUGGGGAACCUCACGGUAUUACCGACGUGAGAAGAAAAGCCAUCGAACAAGCGAGGAUUAUAAAGGACAGAGGAAUAAUUGUAGUUGGCUUGGGGGUUGGGAAUGUCAAUAUGGAUACACUUGAAAAACUGUCUACCCCUGGUGACGCGGUGAUGGCCUCUUUCGAAAGCAUUCAUACGGAAAUAGAACGACUUGUUGCCAGUUCCUGUCAAGUAUUCCAGCCAGCGGAAAAUUGCAAAUGUCCAGCACGUGACCUUGGCGAUUUACGCGUUAAUCCGGACAGAUUAACACGAGAUGUAUUCUGGGAAAUACCAGAGCCCGAGUGCCCAGAAGGUUUGAAAACUGAACUAAAGAACACCCUAUACAAACCAGAUGUCUCAUCUGGAAACGAGUUUUCUAUUGGUCGACAGGAAAUCGUGUAUUUAUAUAGUGUGAAAAGCGUGACUGACGGGAGAAGUUUUUCUGACGUCCAGUGCGACAUCGUUUUUGAAGUUAAAGGGCAAAACUUUUGUGGUGGCAAGGCUUAUUUGACAACGCUGGAAGAAUGUUGUUGUGGCAAGAUAUACAAAAAAACCCCCAAUUUUCAAUGCUGUGGCACUAUUUAUUUCUCAAAGUCCACACAAAGAUGUUGUCCGGGGUAUACACUGCGAAAAUUAGGCGAAUCCUGCUUUGGACCUCCAUGCAAAUGUCCAGAGGUGAAUAUCGGUACAAAGUACAUCAAACAGGGUGAUCGUAAUACAAAUGUCGUCUGGGCAAUGCCACGUCCCACAUGCGGCGGAAGAUUAAAAACUUCACCAAACGAACGAUCUGGCCAGAGUUUCGCACCUGGUGUGUAUAGAAUAACGUACGUGUACUCAACCCCCAGCCGAAUUGAUGUCACGUGUACAAUACGUUUUGAAGUUAAAGAAUGUGGUUGUCCACUGCCUGUUCCGAAAACCUUUAACGUUGUUCCUGGUGAAACCACCACUACCGUGUCCUGGAAUGUGCCCAAACCCACGUGUUCGGAAGCAAUACGAGAUACCAUAGCACCUGAGGUGAUCAGGUCGGGACAGCCCUUUUCCAUUGGUCAACAUGCGUUAAUAUAUACGUACAAUAUGAACAAUCAGUUUGAUCUGACAUGUGCGGUUAUGUUUGAAGUGAGAGGGCCUUUGUGCCGUGAAAGAGGUUACAAUCCUGCAAACCAAAUUUGCUGUUGCGGUACAGUUCAUAACAUAAUCCCCCGUUACGAAUGCUGCGAUCAAGAUUAUUAUUCAUUGAACACCCAGCAAUGCUGUGCCAACUCGAUCGUGCGAGACAAGACCGUAUCUUGCCCACGACAAUGAAGAAAAUGAAAAUUUAAACAUAAAGUACACUUUCACUAUAUAUUUUCUAUUUCAUAUAAAUCAUAGUCCUAUAUGAUACUUUAUGUAACUACCGUUUCUCAA